AUGACGACCGUCUUUUUAUCGAGCUCCUUAUCGUCAUAUACCACGACGCCUCCUAAAACUAUUACCAAUGACACAAUAACCUCGGACCAAGCAAAACCUAGAACAUCCUCCAGCAUUAUUUCAUCAUUAGAAGGUAAACCAUUGAAUACACCAAAAGGAGAGAAUAACACUCCUGCAAAAGAAAACACUCUUGUAGAAGAGAACACUCCUGCAAAAGAAAACACUCUUGUAGAAGAGAACACUCCUGCAAAAGAAAACACUCUUGUAGAAGAGAACACUCCUGCAAAAGAAAACACUCUUGUAGAAGAGAACACUCCUGCAAAAGAAAACACUCUUGUAGAAGAGAACACUCCUGCAAAAGAAAACACUCCUGCAACCAAACCAUCCUCAAGCAUGUUUGCUAGAAGAGUAUCAUUUAAUAACUUGAAUCCAGAAGACGACUCAAACGUACCAUUUAAUCGGGCAAUCUAUAAUCAAGCGAAUAACAAUGACAUUGUAUCAGGACCAUUCAAGGGCAAUUAUAAUUUAUUACUGUCGUCACAUCUGGCCCCCCAGCAUCUGACACCAUCCUUAUUUUCAAGUAUAUCCAAGAAACCCAACGAUUUGCAUUUUCAGUCACCUAAAUUUUUUACACUUACACCUUCAGGUCCUAAUGCUAUACCUGUAAGGCGAAGAUUGAAACUACCUAGUCCACCAAGUAAAUCGAUAUUAAAGAAUAGAGUAUCACAGCAACAAUUGGCAUAUAAUGAUUUAUUUCAAGGAAAUAUUCAAGGGGCAACUAUAAACUAUCAUCGAGAAGAAGAAGAAGAAGAAGACGAAGACGAAGAAGACGAAGAAGACGAAAAAGAAGAAGAAGAAGAAGAAGAAGAAGAAGAAGAAGAAGACGAAAAUGACAAAGACGACGAGGAAGCUGUAGAAGUAAAAGUGAAUGAAAAAGAAGCAAGGGAGAAGGAGAAGGAGAAGGAGAAGGAGAAGGAGAAGGAGAAGGAGAAGGAGAAGAAACGAAAAACACAACCGCAACAAGGAGUUAAGGGUGAAGUGCCGAUAAACAAAUACCCGCGUAGGAAAUCGUAUGCAGAAAUGACAGAUGAGGAACUAAUGGCCUUGGAUCCACAAUUUCAAAAUAGCAAGCCUAAAAUGUCCAAUUUCGAUGCAUUUAAGUUUGAUAAUCAGUAUACAUUCUUUUUAGAUGAAAGGAAAUCUUUAUCUGCCAUAAAGCAGCAGCAGCAGCAGCAACAGCAACAACAGCAAAUGCUUCAGUAUCCCUCGUCAAAUGAGAAUAAUUACAAAUCCAUUGCAUUGACUGUACAGCAUUUUGAAUAUGAUCAAAUUCAAUCCAGUAGAACUAUUAUAACCACAAUAUCGGGAAGAAAACAUACUUGGAACUCAAUAGAUUGGUUGCUACUGAUUGAUAGGACAGCCGAGUCCAAGAAGAACCAACUGUUUUUGAUAGAUGGAGACUAUCUCAUUGUAACUAGUUUAAUAUCCAAAAAAUUUGUUAAGGAUUAUAUGUCAAAAAGGAAAAGGAAAUCAUUAGAUGACUUUUUGAAAGAAAAGUGCAGCUACUUACAAGAGUAUUUACAAACUCAAUUAGAAGAGCUAAAUUUGAAAGUUAAAAUGACUGUUGAGUUUGUAAUUGAUAGAGAUACAGAAGAGACGGAUGAAUCGAUAGGAGGUGGUCAAAAGUUCAUGCUCUAUCAUGUCUAUAAGCAAUACGAGCCACAUCUUAUUGUUAUUGGUAACAAGUCGUCCAACUUGAACUUCAAGUACCCAUUGAAAAUGAAGAAAUCUUUGACUAAUGAUUAUUUGAUAAAAUUAUCUUCAUACAUUGUCAAGCACUCAAUUAUUCCCGUGAUAAUAGUAGGUGAUACAUUGAAGAAUUCUAAUUUGUUCAGCAAGAGAAACUCCAAUACCACAAACUCCACCACCGCCCUUGGACAUCUUCCCCAUAUCCCGAAGAUCACAUUCAGCGAUGAUACUGCGCAUGCACCAUCAUUAUCAUCAUCACCACCGAAACUAUCACUGAACGUAUCAGCAACAACAGCAACAACAGCAACAGCAACCACUAUCUCAUCUACUACUUCCCGUGUACUGACAAACUCAAGUUCAUCAAUAGAAUCAGUGGAGUCAUAUACACCUAAAGAGUACACCGAUGAAAAUUUUACGCCACAGCGACAAGACUCUGCAAUCGAGGAACAAGAAGCAAUAAUAAAUGCACUACCAUAUGAUUCACCUUUGAAGUUUCAACAAUGGAUAUCAUUUAUAUCAGACCAAUCAUAUACUGGGGCAGUGAACUAUUUGCAAGCUAUUCAAUCAAAUAAUGAUCUGUUGAAAAUAGACGAUAGGAUCCACCGUAUUUAUAAAUCUCAACUGCAUUCAGCUGGUGCCAAUGGUAUUGGGGGUAAUCACCUGUUCAGUAGUUAUGGUAAUGGAGACAAAAUUUAUAAGGUGAAGUCGUUGAUUUCAAUUGAAGAUGAUGAAGAGGUAAAGAGAAAACAGGAAGAAAGAAGAAGGAAGAGGAGGAGCAGUAGUACUAAACUGUUACCACCACGCAAUGGGAGUAAGAAUAGUUUAUUGAGUACGAAAAGUAAUGAAUAUGUCGAAAGCGGUGGUGACAGUGGGGCAGGAGGAGAGAAAAAGAAAGCGGUAAAGAAAAGUUCUUUUUGGAGAAAAAUCGGAUUAAGGAAGUAG